ACAGCUGCUCAGGUGCUGCCCCCACGACCUGCUGUUUUUACAAGGAGCUGGAUGCGAUACUUGGGGGUGACCCCACUGCCAAUCCGAGGACCACGAUGGACAGUUCAGAGAAGGGAGAGGAGAGGGAGGUGGAGGGGCGGGAGGAAACCGAGAGUGAGAGUACUGGGGUGGGGGGAGACACCCCGGAGUCCCAGGAGGCAUGCAGCCAGGAGCUCUUCUCAAGCCAGGAGGAAGCUAGCCAGUCGCAGCAGCUGGAACUUAUUGGUGAAGAAGCAGCAGAGGAGCGGGUUCCCGUGUCCUUGACUACUACUACUAAUCGACUGGCCGUAUCAGAGACUGCUGAAAAGCUACAAAACCUGAGGAAAAAGCCACGAGAAAGCAAAGAAGAUAUGGUGAAAGCAGGUAUGAAUCAGUCUGCCAGAGAGAGUAAGAAGCUGCAGGACUGGAGAGAAAAAAUGCAGCACUGGAGGGAAAGAGAAAGCAGGAGAAAGGAAUUAGCUAAGAAGAAAAGCACGAAGCAGCUGAUGAACCUCGUGGCGCGCCAAACGGACUGUAUCCAGUCACUUGUAUCCAUGCAGGCAGAGCACUACCGUGCUGCCCCCCCCUGCCCAAAGCUCUCUCCCUUGUGCCCCAAUGUCAGCUCAAAACCCCCUUCUCCAGCAUCCAGGUUCUUACCACCACCAGCUGCCCCCAACACCUGUACGUUCACCCACCAGCCCUGAGAACUACGACCCUUACUCUCUGCACUCAACCCCCAUCACCAUGCAGCAUUUUCAUCCUGAAGUGCAGCAGUCAUUGCACAGCACUCCAGGCAGGACAUAUUCAAACCUCUGACUGUACAGUUCACCACCCUA